GCUGCUGCUCCUCGGUCUCAGAUCUUUGGACUCUGCCCUGGGUCAGGCUCACACCUUACUCCAGGAGACUGGGAGCCAGCAGAGGCUUCUCUGCCCACCCUGACUCCUGGAUCCCUCGGAAACAACACACCAGAAGGGGGUUCUUCAGCCACCAGCCGCAAGCCUCCUCCGCAUCACCAGCCCCUGCCCCGGAAAGGCCUGGAGGAAGAGGUCAGGGAAGGAAGAGACCUGCCCACUUUCCCAGUCCCGCCAUUGACCCAGCACCAGCGUCUGGAGACUCCAUGGCCUGGGCUUCCUGGGGCUACUGCCCCUGGCUUGUCCUCCUCUCUGUUUGUGCCUGGGGCCAUGCAAAGCCAGUGGACCUGAGAAGAGAGAACGUGAGAAACUGUUCAGCAAGCCCUCAGUACCUUCCAGUUACUGUGGUCAAUACCACAGUGCAGCUGAAAGCCCUACGCCAGCAGAUGCAAAACCAGAAUCUCUCUGCCUACAUCAUCCCAAACACGGAUGCCCACAUGAGCGAGUACAUUGGCGAACAUGACAAGCGGCUUGCAUGGAUGACAGGCUUUACGGGGUCUUCAGGAACUGCAGUGGUGACCAUGGGGAAAGCAGGUCUCUGGACUGACAGUCGCUACUGGACCCAGGCUGAGCAGGAGAUGGACUGCAAUUGGGAGCUCCAUAAGGAAGUUGGCACUUCCCCCAUUGUCAACUGGCUCUUCACUGAGAUUCCUGCUGGAGGGCGUGUGGGCUUUGACCCUCUUCUCUUCUCCAUUGGUACCUGGAAGAGCUAUGACAUGGCUUUCCAAGGCUCUGACAGACAGCUGGUGUCAAUCACAGCCAACCUUGUGGACCUGGUAUGGGGGUCAAAGAGGCCUCCAGUUCCAAGCCAGCCCAUUUAUGUCCUGCAGGAUGCGUUCACAGGGAGCAGCUGGCAGGAGAAAGUAUCCAACAUCCGCAGCCAGAUGCAAAAGCAUCGCAAGGCCCCAACUGCUGUGCUCCUGUCGAUGCUUGAUGAGACAGCCUGGCUCUUCAAUCUGCGCAGCAGUGACAUCCCUUAUAACCCCUUCUUCUAUUCCUACACACUGCUCACGGACUCCUCCAUCAGGUUAUUUGUAAACAAGAGUCGCUUUAACUCUGAGACCCUGCAGUAUCUGAACUCCAGCUGCACAGGCCCCAUGUGUGUGCAACUCGAAGAUUAUAGCCAAGUCUAUGACCGUGUCCAAGCCUACGCCUCAGGCACCGUGAGGAUCUGGAUUGGGACCAGCAAUACUAUGUAUGCCUUCUACAAUGUGAUACCUCAGGAUAAAAUCAUAGCAGAAACCUACUCCCCAGUGAUGGUAACCAAGGCGGUGAAAAACAGCAAGGAACAGGCCCUCCUUAGGGCCAGCCACGUGCGGGAUGCUGUGACAGUGAUCCGCUACUUGGUGUGGCUGGAGAAGAACGUGCCCAAAGGCACGGUGAACGAGUUCUCAGGGGCGGAGCGGCUCGACAGAUUCCGAGGAGAAGAAGAAUUUUCUUCGGGACCCAGUUUCCAAACCAUCUCUGCUAGUGGUCUGAAUGCUGCCCUGGCCCACUACAGCCCGUCAAAGGAGAUACACCGCAAGCUGUCUUCAGAUGAGAUGUACCUGGUGGAUUCUGGAGGACAAUACUGGGACGGAACCACAGACAUCACCAGAACAGUCCACUGGGGCACCCCCUCUGCUUUCCAAAAGGAGGCAUAUACCCGUGUGUUGAUAGGAAAUAUCGACCUGUCCAGACUCGUCUUUCCUGCUGGUACAUCAGGACCAAUGUUGGAAGCAUUUGCCCGCAAAGCCUUGUGGGAUGUGGGGCUCAAUUAUGGCCACGGGACAGGCCAUGGCAUUGGCAACUUCCUGUGUGUGCACGAGUGGCCAGUGGGAUUCCAUUCCAGCGGCCUUACUAUGGACAAGGGCAUGUUCACUUCCAUUGAACCUGGUUACUAUCAGGAUGGUGAAUUUGGGAUCCGUCUUGAAGAUGUGGCCCUUGUGGUAGAAGCAAAGACCAAGUACCCAGGAACCUACCUGACCUUUGAAGUGGUGUCCUUGGUGCCCUAUGACCGGAACCUCAUUGAUGUCAACCUGCUGUCCCCCAAGCAGCUCCAAUACCUGAACCGGUACUACCAGACCAUCCGCGAGAAGGUGGGCCCCGAGCUGCAGCGGCGCCAACUGCUGGAGGAAUUCGAGUGGCUGCAGCAGCACACAGAGCCCCUGUCUGCAAGGGCUCCGCGCGCCACCUUCUUGGCCUCUCUAUUGGCAGCCUCCACUCUUGCCAUCCUCGGCUGGAGUGUCUAGAGGCCCAGGACUCCCCUGCUAACCCUCUUGCUCAGUUCCCUUCACCCUGCACCACCCAUGCCCCAAGAGCUCCUGCUGGCCCCAGGGUAAGAGAGCCAGCUAGUUCCUUUCCUCCAGUGAGGCCAGUAGGCCAAACCUUUAAUCUGGCAGCCUGUUGCUGCUGUCCCCAAAGGCCAAUAUAGGGUAGUGCCUUACCCCCAGGGGCCCAUGGCCCUGGGAGAGCCCCACCCCAAAAGCACCAAAGCUGUUCCUGGACACUGGCUCCUAACUCCUUGAUCUUCCCAUGCCCUUGAGGCUGCCUCUGGCCACCCCCACCUGUACCUGGCCCUACAAUGACCUUCUGGCUACUGCCCACUGGCUGAAGCAAGGCCUGCUUCCAGGCUUCCUGCUAUGCCUAUAGAGGGGGAGGAAGGGAGGGUGGUUGCAUCCUCUGGUGCCUUACUGCCAGCCCAGGGUCAGGGAGACCAGCCAGGGAAGGGGCGUGUACACCAGCCCUUCACCCAACAUGUGAGCCCAUCGCUCCUAAACCCUGGGUGGGCUCCAUGCAAAGUGACAGGAUAGGGAGUUGAGCCCUAGGGAUUUGGCCAUGGUGCAGGAGGGGAUGCGGGAAGCCCUCUGCAAUAUGAAGAAUAUGGUCCUACCCGAAGUGAGGAACAGCCCGAACAGCGACCCCUACUCACUCUCUCAGAUUUCCCAGCAUGCGGGAGCCCAUUUAAUUUUCCAAAGUGCCACCACAGUGACAAUGCUGUUAAUCCCUCGGCAUCUUUGGAUGACCAUUAACCUGUGAGACAAGUGUCUGGUUUCCCCAUUUUACAGAUAGGAAAACUGAGUUCCAGAGAGGGUAGGAUCUGCCCAAGGACACAUAGUGUUUGGUUGGGACAUGGUGGGACCAGAAUGGGACGGCAGUCCAGCUCUUUGGACCUUUGGCACCACGGAGGAUCCCUUAGCCUCCCUCCCAGCCCUCUCCUGGCUCUCUGAGCCCACUGUUGGUGGGGGUGGGGAGCGGGCUUUCUGGCCAGCCCAGCCAGCCGUUAGCCACCUGAACUCACAUCCUGCUAGAUACUUAAAACAACCUGGCAACAAAGCCUGCAAUUGGGUUUUGCAUUGUGUCUGCUGUGUUGCUGGGGACUGCUGUUACUUGUGGCUUUUGUGGUUGGGGAGGCGAAGUGGGGGUGGGGAUGUGAGGCUCCCAGAAGCUCGGCUGGGGAGCACAUGUGCUUGAGAAUGCGCCUGUGAGCAUGCGUGCGGUGUUCCUGUGUUCACAUGCAUGCCACGCCCAGUCCACCACCUCCUGUGCUAAAGGUCUUGGACCCCAUUGGAGGGAACAGAGGGGAGCCUCACACUGGGGCACUUGUCCAAUGUGGUCCAGGCAAGUUGGGACCACCACCUUUGCUCAGAGGAGCAUUGUCUGGGAGAAGAAAGAACCAAGUUUCUGAGGCAGAGUGCUGGGUGAAGGCACCAGGUGGAGGAGCCCCCAGCUUGGGACCACCAGGCCUAGUGUGCCUGUGACACUUAUUCCCAGCAAUGCUUGUGUCCAAAGGCCCCAGCUCUGAGCCAGCCUCACUGAGGCCCUCAGCACCCAACAGUGGGCCUCUGUUGGCUGAGUCAUUUGCUCCCUCACAUGAUCACCCCAUGGAGACAGCUACUAAUAAUAAAAUUACAGGUUCCACCACCAACGUCGUCAUCAGUGCUACCGUCUACUGAGUGUUUAGUAUGUACCAGGAACUGUGCUUUACAUGCAUUCUUUUAAAAUGUUUUUAUUUUAUUGU